AUGACGUUAAGAAUUUUACAAGGGAGGAGGAGAAAAAGAAGCCAAUCAAAAUCGUCUCAACUAAUGUCGUUUUGUAUUCUGGGGUCCGUUAUCGGGUUCAUACUAUACACAUAUUUUUCACAUGUGAUCAUGAUGCGACGAUUGAAUCGAGAGAACGAGGCGUCGCGGCUCAGGGAGCUUGUGCACAGAUCCGCCCUAAUCAUGGCCGGCUCGGCGCACCAAAACGAGUACGACUUUACGGAACGCCGUCACUCACUUAUCAACAUGUUCAAGGCGUUCAAGUUAUGA